AGACUAUGGAUAGGUGUAUAUGCCCGCAUACAUAAAAGCCUUUAUGUUUGUGUUCUGUAAAUAUACAUUUCUUUCUUAACUGAGUAUUAGUGGCCAUCAACGAGCCCUCCUAUUGAACAAUUCCUUCACUUAACCCCGGGCACUCAAAUCGACGGUAACCAUGCGGAGCUUGUGGCUAAAUACGUUGACCAAGCAGAGUCUAUAUAGGUUGAGUACCAAGAGGUACUCCACCAACAUUGAGCCCAAGGAACCUGUGGUGAAAACUAAAUCAAUACCUGGCCCCAAGUCAAUUGAGCUUAAGAAACAACUGGAUUCUGUUCAGGCCACCGGAACCAUCCAAUUCUUUGCUGACUACGAAAAGUCCAUUGGAAAUUACAUCUACGACGUGGAUGGGAAUAUUCUACUAGAUGUCUACACCCAGAUUUCCUCAGUGCCGCUGGGUUACAACCAUCCGAGGCUUUACAAGGUCUUUCACAAUGAGCAGAACCUGAAAACUUUGAUUAACAGACCUGCACUUGGCGUCUUCCCUGGCAAGGAGUGGCCAGAAAAACUGCACUCAGUUCUGCUGAACAUUGCUCCGAAAGGACUCAAUAAAAUCACAACGAUGAUGUGUGGUUCGUGUUCAAACGAAAAUGCGUACAAGAGCAUCUUUAUAUGGUACCAGAACAAACUUCGGGGUAAUACACCUCUUACCGAGCAGGAGAAGAAUUCCUGCAUGAUCAACAUUCCCCCAGGAGCUCCGAAACUCAGUAUUCUCUCAUUCAAGGGAGCUUUCCAUGGCCGAACAUUGGGAGCCCUCUCCACCACACACUCGAAGUACAUCCAUAAGCUGGACGUUCCGUCCUUUGACUGGCCCAUUGCCUCGUUUCCCGAGUACCGAUAUCCCUUGGACGAAAACGUGGCGCACAACAAGAAGGAGGAUGAAAAGUGCCUUAGCGAAGUGCAGGAUCUCAUUCAGCAGUACGCCAGCAAGAAUCCGGUCGCCGGAAUUGUGGUUGAGCCCAUUCAAAGCGAAGGAGGCGACAACGAGGCAUCGCCCGAGUUCUUCAGGAGCCUCCAGGCUAUUUGCAAGAAGAACGGCAUCGCCCUGUUGAUCGAUGAGGUUCAAACCGGUGGAGGUAGCACUGGAAAAUUCUGGGCCCACGAGCACUUCGAGUUGGAGAGUCCCCCCGAUGUGGUGACCUUCAGCAAGAAGCUGCAGUUGGGCGGCUACUUCCACAACGACGACUUCAUUCCGAAUGAGCCGUACAGGAUCUUCAACACCUGGAUGGGCGAUCCGGGUAAGGUCCUGCUCCUCGAGGAAAUCGUGAAGGUGAUUCAGGAGGAAAAGCUCCUGGCCAACGUCGAUGUGGCCGGUAAGGUUCUGAAGAACGGUUUGCUGAGCCUAGAGAAGGAAUUCCCGCAUAUCUUGAACUCCACCCGCGGCCGUGGAACAUUUUUGGCAGUAAAUUGCACCAACACCAAGGUGCGAGAUCAAAUAAUCGGCGCUCUAAAGUUGCACGGCAUUCAGACCGGAGGCUGUGGAGAAAUUUCCAUUCGGUUCCGCCCAGCUUUGAUAUUUAAGGAAUACCAUGCUAACAUCGUCCUAGACCGCUUCCGCAAGGUUCUUCAAGCUAUUUAAGAAAAAAAUAUACAAAACACCAGUAAUGAUUGUGCUCUGAAAAUUGCAAGUGCGUGCAACACAUACCAUAUGUUACCAAAAUGAAUAAUAAAGUGAAUUUAUUUUAUCCCUCUGUUA